UACAUACAAACAGCUUAACUUCUUGAUCUGAUCUGAAUAUUUGUUUACCAAUAUAAUGGCUCCUUGUUCUAACGAAAGCGUUGAAAAUGGUAGUGUUCUCGUUAAUGGCGGCUGUAAAGGAUCAUCAUCAUCAGCGAUCACGCUGAAAGAUUCGAAAUUCAUGGUCGCCGAUCAUGUUAUUCUUUCGGAAGUUCCACCUAGUAUUGUAGCCACUCCUUCACGUUACACUGUCGGAGAACUAUCGACGACGGCGGCGGGCUGUUUCGUCGGCUUCGAGGCUGCGGAGGCUAAGUGCCACCACGUGGCGGCGGUGGGAAAGCUGAAGGAUAUCAAGUUCAUGAGCAUUUUCCGGUUUAAAGUGUGGUGGACCACCCACUGGACCGGAAGCAAUGGGCGUGACCUAGAAUACGAGACUCAAAUUCUCAUUCUCGACAGCUCCGAUUCCGGCCGCCCAUACGUCGUCGUUCUUCCACUCCUGGAAGGACCUUUCCGGGCCUCGCUCCAGCCCGGAAAAGACGACGAUUUCGUCGACAUCUGCGUCGAGAGCGGGUCGACGAAAGUCUCCGGCGAUUCGUUCCGGAGUGUUCUCUACAUGCAUGCCGGCAACGAUCCAUUCAGUUUGGUGAAAGACGCCAUUAAAGUCGCAAGGGUUCAUCUUGGGACCUUCAAGCUCUUAGAGGAAAAAUCUCCUCCGGGAAUCGUGGACAAAUUUGGUUGGUGCACCUGGGAUGCUUUCUACCUCACAGUUCACCCUCAAGGUGUUUGGGAUGGGGUCCACAGCCUCGUGGAAGGUGGGUGCCCACCUGGACUCGUCCUGAUCGACGACGGAUGGCAGUCCAUUUCUCACGACGACGAUCCCAUCACGAGCGAGGGCAUGAACAGAACCGCCGCCGGCGAGCAAAUGCCUUGCAGGCUCAUAAAAUUCCAAGAAAAUUACAAGUUCAGAGAUUACGCCAGCCCGAAAAGUGGGACCAAGGGCAUGGGCGCCUUCAUCAAAGACCUCAAGGAGACUUUCAACACAGUGGACUACGUGUACGUUUGGCAUGCGUUGUGCGGGUACUGGGGCGGGCUUAGGCCUAAGGUUUCGGGCUUACCCGAAUCAAAUAUAAUCCGGCCCAAGUUGACCCCGGGCCUGGAGAAGACCAUGGAAGAUCUUGCGGUUGACAAAAUAGUUAACAACGGAAUCGGGCUGGUCCCACCAGAAAUGGCCCAUCAACUGUACGAGGGCCUACACUCUCACUUGGAGUCCGUUGGUAUCGACGGAGUCAAAGUCGACGUGAUUCACUUGCUGGAAAUGCUGUGUGAGGAUUAUGGUGGUCGGGUAGAGCUUGCUAAAGCUUACUACAAAGCCUUGACGUCUUCAGUCAAAAAGCAUUUCAAUGGCAACGGGGUCAUUGCAAGCAUGGAGCACUGCAACGACUUUAUGUUUCUCGGAACCGAAGCCAUUUCCCUUGGUCGUGUUGGAGAUGAUUUUUGGUGCACUGACCCUUCGGGUGAUCCAAAUGGCACGUUUUGGCUACAAGGUUGUCAUAUGGUCCAUUGUGCUUAUAAUAGUUUAUGGAUGGGAAAUUUCAUUCACCCUGAUUGGGACAUGUUCCAGUCUACUCACCCUUGCGCCGAAUUCCAUGCCGCCUCCCGUGCCAUCUCCGGUGGCCCCAUUUACGUAAGUGACUCGCCUAAAAAUCAUAACUUUGACCUUCUCAAGAAAUUAGUCUUGCCUAAUGGAUCCAUCCUGCGUUGCCAACAUUAUGCACUUCCGACUCGUGAUUGUCUCUUUGAAGACCCUCUCCACAAUGGCAAGACCAUGCUCAAAAUUUGGAACCUCAACAAGUACACUGGAGUUGUUGGAACAUUUAACUGCCAAGGAGGGGGGUGGUGUCGUGAAGCAAGACGUAACAAAUGCGCCUCAGAGUGUUCUCAUGUUUUGUCAUGUCAUGCCGGGCCUAAGGACGUGGAGUGGAGCCAAGGAUCCAUGCAAACUUGUGUACAAGAUGUAGAAGCAUUUGCGCUUUACUUGUUCCAAGAGAAAAAGCUAGUCCUUGUGAACCCAACAGACAACAUUCAUAUUACACUUGAGCCAUUCAAUUUCGAGCUCAUUACCAUUGCUCCCAUCGCAAAGUUUGGGCCUAAAGGCAUCCAGGUUGCGCCUAUUGGGCUUGUUAACAUGCUCAAUAGUGGUGGUGCUAUUCAAUCGCUUAAAUUUGAUGAUGAGAACAAUUCCUUAGUAGUUGAGCUUAAGGGUACCGGUGAAAUGCGUUUGUAUGCCUCGCAGAAGCCUACAAUUUGCAGAGUCAAUGGGAUUGAUGCUCCUGUUGUUUAUGAGGAUCAAAUGGUUUCAACCCAAGUUCCAUGGGUUAGCCCAUCGGGUUCUUUGAUAAUUGAGUACUUUUUUUAAUUGAAUUACUUAUUGAAUUUCAUUUUUCUCAAUCUUUUUUUUUAAAAAAAAAAAAAAAACAUUGUUUGUUUGUUUUUGAUGUAAUUUUCAUUCCUUAGUCAAGAUGUCUAGCUUGAUGUCUGUGUUAAUAUCUACAAUGUAAUGUAUUGUGAUUUUAACAUAUAAUUACGGGAGUGAUAUAUUUUAUGUAACUUUUGUUGGUG